AAGUCAGUGAACCGAAGCAACAAGUUCCAGCGCUUGAAACCUCAGCCCCUCAACCAGAGAACUAGUUCUUGACGUUCCACCAGUGACUCCUGACCCUUCUGUCAACCAAGCGACCAAUGAUCCCUUAAAUACUGAAUCAUCCAGCCCAAUUAAACUGGCUGAGACACAUGAUGAUGAUGUGGUGAUUACCAGCACCGGCUUUAAAGAGCCGGGAAGAUCUACUGUCUUAGCCAAGCACUCUGCCAAGGAAGAACAGAUUGAACGGUGCAAAGUGAGAUUUGACGUUGCCAACUACUCUCAACUGAGCAUUGGUGAAGUAUAUUCUGGAUAUCUCAAUCAAGUGCACACCAGUCGCGAUCUUGAAGUUGACAUGGUGAAGCAGAUGCAUAAAAAGUUUGAGGACACCACUGCUCAACUUCAAUCUCAAUUAACUGACAUGAAAGCCCGGCUGGAGGUGCAAGAAUAUGAGACCCGAAAGGCCGACUCAAAAUUCCAAUUUAGCGUGGCUGAAACGGAAAAGCUGAAGACCAGUUUUGAGGUUGAAAGAAACACCUAUGCUGAAGAAAAAACUGCUUUGGUACAGCGGGCGGAGAAGGCGGAUGCGACUCUUGAUGAGGUAACCACUGAGUUGACCGGCAUAAAACGGCAUGUAUCUCAGAUGGUUUCUGCUAUCUUUGGUCCAAGGAGCACCAAUCUGAGCCAAGAGAUGCUUGUAAAGCUCAAGGCUGUUUACACCCUCGUUGAGCAGCUCUAUACUGGGACUCAGCGCGCACUGGCCACAAUUCUCCGGCUAAUCAAGAACCUACUAUCUUGGUUGAUGUCUUGAGGAAGUUUUCUGUUCUGCGUGAGCGGUUUAAUGAGAUGAAGCAAUCAUCUACAAGAUUCGGUGCUGUGACCGCCUUAAGCCGAGCCAAAGCAUGGCUACCAGAGCUAGACCCGGCUGAUAUAUCUACCGGGUAUCCAAGCGUGAAAGAAGAUGGCACUCCCUUUGAGAAGAAAGACCUUGCCACCUGCGUGAAGGAGAUACGUCCCCUGGCCAGUCUGAUUGCCAAUGAAACA